ACUUAUGGGGGAGGAGGAGGCGCUGAGGCAGAGAGAAAAUUGUACUGUGAGGACCUUGACAGCUUCACGGGCGGGCUUUUCCAUUCCCCUCCGUGUAUUUUCUUGAAUAUUUAUUUUUCCCUUUUACAAACUGACUAUAAAAAACCCUCUGAUUCUCGCCUUGCAGAGGACACUGACUUUCUCUGAGAUACCCGGCAAGCUAGCUCUGGGGCAUCCUUGGAGAGGCCAGGGGCAGGGGCGCAGGUGCACUGAGAAGACAGGGGGUGCGCUUCUCCGUGACUUGAGGUUCUCUCUCUCUCUCUCUCUCAGCUCCCCAGGCACUGAACUCGGAGCUGCAAGGACAGGAGAACUGACACCUUCCGGACUGAGGCUGUGCCACGGUGCAUCCCAGGGAGGUGUAUCCAGCUGCCGCCACCUCCCGGGCUUCGGUGCGCGCAGACCUCCCUCCCUCCCGCAUCUCUAACAUCAGGGUCGACCCUCCCCGCCUAACCACUGACCCGGGAGCGGGGAUCCAGGAUUCACAGUCCUCAGCGCCCCGUUCCUGCCUCUGCUCCUGGACCUGGGCUCCACGCGCGCAGGUCCCGCGGAUCUGAGCACAGCUGAGCGGCGCGGCGGUGCCGUCUGCGCUCGGGUGCGGGACUGGCAGGGUGCGCGGUCGCCCGGCCCCUUCUGCUCGCCGGGUGCUGAGAGCGCAGCGCUUCCCGCUCCGCCCCGGCUCUGCUGGUUUCCUCUCCAGCUGGCGGGUCGUCGACUGCGCCUGCUGAGAUCCCUUUGCCUGUUUUUGCGUUAAGCAUGUCAGGGUCUGGACGAAAGGACUUCGAUGUGAAGCACAUCCUGCGACUCCGCUGGAAACUCUUCAGCCACCCGUCGCCAUCCCCAGGCGGCCCUGCUGGGGGCAGCUGCCUGCAACAGGACGGCGGCGGCAGCUUUGAACAUUGGGGACCAAGCCAGAGCCGCCUGCUCAAAAGCCAAGAGAAGAGCAGCGUGAGCACUUUCUGGAAGAAGCCUUCCUCUUCGUCCUCUUCCUCUCCGUCCUCUUCCUCUCUCCACCCACUGAAUGGCACCUUGCUGCCAGUGGCCACGAGACUGCAACCAGGGGCGCCCCGGCAGGGCACCCAACAGCCGGCCAGAACGCUCUUCUACGUGGAGUCCAUUGAGGAGGAGGUGGUGCCAGGCAUGGACUUCCCUGGACCGCAGGAGAAUGCACUGGUACUGCAAGAGCUCAAAGUGGAGCCGGCCGACUCGAGCCAGGCAACAGGUGAAGGAUGUGCACGCAGGCUGCCAGGAACUGGACAUUCACUGACACCUCAAGGUGACAUGGACUCUAGCAGCUCUGAAGAAUUCUAUCAGGCUGUUCACCAUGCUGAACAAACCUUCAGAAAGAUGGAAAAUUACUUGAAACAACAGCAACUUUGUGAUGUUAUCCUGAUUGUUGGGAACCGGAAGAUACCUGCUCAUAGGCUUGUUCUGAGUUCAGUCUCCGACUACUUUGCUGCCAUGUUUACAAGUGAUGUUUGUGAGGCCAAGCAAGAGGAGAUCAAGAUGGAAGGCAUAGACCCCAAUGCCCUCUGGGAUCUUGUCCAAUUUGCAUAUACAGGUUGCUUGGAACUAAAAGAGGACACCAUUGAAAAUCUUCUUGCUGCAGCAUGCCUUCUUCAGCUUCCUCAAGUAGUAGAAGUUUGCUGCCAUUUCCUCAUGAAGCUUUUACAUCCAUCUAAUUGUUUAGGAAUCCGAGCAUUUGCUGAUGCUCAAGGAUGCAUUGAAUUAAUGAAGGUGGCUCACAGCUACACAAUGGAAAAUAUAAUGGAAGUUAUGAGAAAUCAAGAAUUUUUACUGCUUCCAGCAGAGGAGCUCCAUAAACUCCUGGCCAGUGAUGACGUAAAUGUUCCUGAUGAAGAAACCAUCUUCCAUGCAUUAAUGAUGUGGGUCAAGUAUGACAUUCAGAGGAGAUGCAAUGACUUGAGUAUGCUUCUUGCCUUUAUAAGACUACCACUGCUUCCACCACAGAUAUUGGCUGACCUAGAAAAUCAUACAUUAUUUAAGAAUGAUCUGGAAUGCCAAAAGCUCAUUUUGGAAGCAAUGAAAUACCAUCUGUUGCCCGAAAGAAGAACUUUAAUGCAAAGUCCAAGAACUAAACCUAGAAAAUCUACAGUUGGAACUCUGUAUGCUGUCGGAGGAAUGGAUAACAACAAAGGAGCUACAACCAUAGAGAAAUAUGACCUGAGAACAAAUCUGUGGAUCCAAGCUGGGAUGAUGAAUGGCAGGAGAUUGCAGUUUGGUGUGGCUGUUAUUGAUGACAAACUCUUUGUAAUUGGAGGUCGAGAUGGCUUAAAGACACUGAACACUGUUGAAUGUUACAAUCCCAAAACCAAGACUUGGACUGUGUUACCGCCAAUGUCAACACAUAGACACGGUCUAGGUGUAACAGUACUGGAAGGGCCCAUUUAUGCCGUAGGAGGCCAUGAUGGCUGGAGCUACCUGAAUACAGUAGAGAGGUGGGAUCCCCAGAGUCAGCAGUGGACCUUUGUAGCCAGUAUGUCCAUUGCCCGGAGCACUGUUGGUGUAGCAGCGCUGAAUGGCAAGUUAUAUUCAGUUGGAGGUCGAGAUGGAAGUUCCUGUUUGAGUUCAAUGGAAUAUUAUGAUCCUCAUACGAAUAAGUGGAACAUGUGCGCUCCUAUGUGUAAGAGGAGAGGGGGUGUGGGAGUGGCCACAUGCGAUGGUUUUCUUUAUGCAGUAGGAGGGCAUGAUGCACCUGCUUCAAAUCACUGUUCCAGGCUACUGGAUUAUGUAGAAAGAUAUGAUCCCAAAACAGACACAUGGACUAUGGUGGCUCCAUUAAGUAUGCCAAGAGAUGCUGUUGGAGUCUGUCUCCUUGGUGACAGAUUAUAUGCUGUUGGUGGCUAUGAUGGGCAGACAUACCUCAACACUAUGGAAUCCUAUGAUCCACAAACUAAUGAAUGGACACAGAUGGCUUCCUUAAACAUUGGGAGAGCAGGUGCCUGUGUGGUAGUCAUCAAACAACCUUGACUUCUUUUUAUUUGGAGAGAUUUUAUUUGGAGUGGUUAUUUUUAUAUCAGAAGGGCAAGAAUAAGAACUUCCUGAGAUGAAAACUCUUCAAGAACAAGGAUUUCUGCAGAUUUACCUACUAAUGUCAAAUGCGGUAGAAGAACAAACAGAAUUAUAGGAAUCAAGAAAAAGUCCAACUGCUAUGGGAACAAUAUCUGGCCAUGUGUUAGUUACUUCAGGAAUGGUUAUUGGUAAUUUGUUUUGUAUUUUUAGCAUACAACAGAGUUACCAAAGGCUUGCUUUUCUGUAGCAAUUAAAAGGAGGGAGUGAUAUUUGUGAUAUGGAUAAUUUCAUGACUACAAUUUGUUCACUUGUUUUAUAAUCUGUGGCAAUGUUCAAGAGUUUGCCAAGAAAAAAAGGCCUGAUACUUCAUCUGACAGACUGAUUGGUUUACUAUUUUGCUAAUCAGAGGUGGCCAUUUGAGGAGGCAGAAGGAUGUUUUAUUAAAACAAAUAUGCUUCUUCCCCAUUUUCCUAAACUACAAGGACAAUUAGAGAAACAGAUUCAUGCGUGUCUCUUACAUUCAGAAAACAAACUGUCCUGCUAAUGGAAGCUGCAUAUAUCAUCAGAGAAGAUGGUUGGAUUUUAUUGCAACUGAAUUAGCAAUCCCAAACUGGCAAACACAAAGGAUUGUUUUCAUUAGCCUUGCCACAUUGCUUGCUUUUUGAACACACUGAGCCAAACAUUAAGUACAAUUAUGGGCUUUUGCCUUAUGUUGAGUUCAGUGUAAGCAUGGAAGCUAGUUAUUCUGAAUGUCAUAUAUGUAUAUAUAUAGAUAUCCAGUGCAUGUUGAAGUCCUUUAGAAUUUUGUUCAUUAAAAAAAAAAAAACUUAGAAUUUUGAAAGAGAAGUAUAUGAUCCCUUCAGUUGGAAUAUUAAUGAUCAUUGUGAGAAGGAUGGCAGAUUUCAGAUUCUCAUUUCUCACUUUUCAAACUUGUUACAUUGAUAUGCACAUUAUUUUAUGCCAAAUAUUUGUAACUGUUUAAAGCAUAAUGUGGAAACAUUAUACAAUCCCCUUAAUAGAUAAAUGUAGAUUUUAAAUACAAUUAAUAAAUGAUAGAAAAUUUGC